GACUCUGACCCAAAAGUAUAAAAUUGCAACUCAUUUCACAUUUCUCAACUAUGAAUUAACCAUCAUUCAUUUGUUAUUAUUAUAAUAAAUACUUAUAUUUAUUUUUCUCAACACAUUUUAUUUAUUUUAUUUUUCAAGCAAGGUGAAAAGUAGUAAGCAUCUUGUUAUUACAAUUCCAUGUUCCAUUUUGUCUGCUCAUAUCCCAAUGUAUUCAACUUCCUCAUGUUCUUCUUCUAUUCACAAUUCUUAUUUUAUAUUCUAACAACUUGCAUGUGUUUUUCUCAAUAAACAAAAACACAAUCCAGGAACAACCAACCAACAACAGUAACAUUAACAUAAAUGUCAGACUUGCAGGAAACACAUUCUUCUUGCUUCCUAUUUUUACUCUCAAUUUUCUUCAUCCUUCUUUCAGGUAGUUUAGUUGUUGGAGAUCCUUUGGACAAAGACAAACAAAUUCUGUUGAAGUUGAAAAACUACCUAGACAACAAAACUCUUGCAGACCAAGGAAAGUACAUAUAUUGGAACACUAAUUCUUCAAAUUCCAAUCCAUGUCAAUGGCAAGGAAUCUUGUGUAGCAAAGAAGAAAGAGUAAUUGGCAUAGAUCUCUCUAACAGUGACAUCACAGGAGAGGUAUUUCAAAGCUUCUCUCAACUCACCGAGCUAACACACCUCGAUCUCUCGCAGAAUACGCUGUUCGGAUAUAUUCCGGAUGACUUGAGGAACUGUCAUAAGCUAUUGCAUCUCAAUCUCUCUCAUAAUAUUCUUGAUGGAGAAUUGAAUGUGACUGGAUUAACAACCUUGCAGAUGCUUGAUUUGUCCUUGAAUAGAUUUCAUGGAGAAAUUGGUUUGUUGAAUUUCCCUUCCAUGUGUAGAAAUUUGGUUACUUUGAAUAUCUCAGGUAAUAACUUAACUGGUGAGAUUGGUGAUAGUUUUGAUCAAUGUUCAAAUUUGAAGUAUUUGGAUUUGAGCACUAACAAGUUGAGUGGAGGUAUAUGGAAUGGAUUUGCAAGGCUUACACAGUUUUCUGUUGCUGAGAAUCAACUCAAUGGAAACAUUUCAUAUGAAGCUUUUCCAUUGAAUUGUGAGCUUGUGGAAUUGGAUCUUUCUCAAAAUGGAUUUGUUGGUGAGGCACCAAAGGAAGUUGCUAACUGCAAGAAUCUAACCAUGUUGAAUCUUUCAAGCAACAAUUUUACCGGUGUUAUCCCUAUUGAAAUGGGGUCUAUUUCAAGGCUUAAAGGAUUGUACUUGGGAGGAAACAACUUUUCAAGAGAUAUUCCUGAGACUCUUUUGAAUUUGACUAAUUUGGUUUUCUUGGAUUUGAGCAGAAACAAAUUUGGUGGUGACAUACAAAAGAUAUUUGGGAGAUUUCAACAGGUGAGAUUUCUUCUAUUGCACUCCAAUUCUUACACUGGAGGGUUAAGAUCAUCUGGAAUUUUUACAUUGCCGAAUAUUACGCGGAUAGACCUAAGCUUCAACAACUUUUCAGGUCCAUUACCUGUUGAAAUCUCUCGUAUGCAAAGUCUAAAACUUCUAAUGUUAUCAUAUAACCAGUUCAAUGGAUCUAUUCCAUCAGAAUUUGGAAAUAUGCAUAACUUGCAAGCACUUGACCUUUCUUUCAACAAGUUGAGUGGAUCAAUACCUCCUAGCCUCGGAAACUUGAGUUCACUCUUGUGGUUGAUGCUGGCAGACAAUUCAUUAACCGGAUCAAUCCCUCCAGAGAUAGGGAACUGUACUAGUUUGUUAUGGCUAAACCUCGCUAACAAUAACCUCUCCGGAAAGUUUCCUCGGGAACUUGCCAAAAUUGGAAGGAAUGCAAUGACAACAUUUGAAUUAAAUAGGCGAGACGAUGUAAUUGUUGCUGGUUCUGGUGAAUGUUUAGCAAUGAAGAAAUGGAUACCUGCAGAUUACCCUCCGUUCAGUUUUGUGUACGAUAUCUUAACAAGAAAAAAUUGUAGAGGGCUUUGGAAUAAAUUGCUUAAAGGGUAUGGAAUUUUUCCAUUUUGCACACCUGGUUCCACCCUUAGGGUAUCUAUGAUAUCUGGUUAUGUUCAGUUAAGUGGAAACAAGCUAAGUGGUGAAAUCCCUUCAGAGAUUGGAACAAUGGUGAAUUUCAGUAUGUUGCAGUUGGGAUUCAACAGUUUCUCUGGUAAAUUCCCACCAGAGUUGGGAAACCUUCCCCUUAUGGUCUUGAACAUGACUAGAAACAACUUUUCAGGUGAAAUUCCUAUGGAAAUUGGAAACUUGAAAUGCUUACAAAAUCUUGAUUUGUCUUGCAACAAUUUUUCUGGGAAUUUUCCAACAAGUUUGAACAAAGUGUCUGAGCUUAACAAGUUCAACAUCUCCUACAAUCCCUUCAUAUAUGGUUCAGUCUCAUCAAGUGGCCAAUUUGGUACUUUUGAUAAAGACUCAUAUUUAGGUGACCCUCUUUUGAUUCUUCCAAAGUUCAUUGAUAAUAGUAGCACCAGAAACAAUGAAAACAUGACCUCUCCCCACAAACACCAUAAAAAGCCUACAAAUUUGUCUGUGUUUUUGGUUUUUCUAGCCAUAACACUUGUUUUCAUUAUAUGUGGUCUUCUAACAAUAAUAGUUUGUGCAUUAGUUAAAAGUCCAUCAGAUCAAUAUCUCUUGAGGGAUCAUAUAAAACAUAUCAAUGAUUCAAGUAGCUCAGGAAUAGGAUCCUCGCAAUGUUUAUCUGAUUCGGUUAAAGUCAUUCGUUUAAACAAAAUAGCUUUCACCUAUGCAGACAUUUUGAAAGCAACAAACAAUUUCUCAGAGAACAGAAUCAUAGGAAAAGGUGGAUUUGGAACAGUAUACAUAGGAGUUUUCACAGAUGGUAGAGAAGUAGCAGUGAAGAAGCUCCUAAGUGAAGGACUCGAAGGCGAAAAGGAAUUCCAAGCUGAAAUGGAAGUUCUAAGCGGUCAUGGUUUCGGUUGGCCUCAUCCGAAUCUCGUCACACUCUAUGGUUGGUGUCUAAACAAUUCAGAAAAGAUACUUGUUUAUGAGUACAUAGAAGGCGGAAGCUUAGAGGAUCUAAUAACCGAUACAACCCGUUUGACAUGGAAGAAGAGGCUACAAGUUGCUAUCGAUGUGGCUCGCGCGCUUGUCUAUUUACACCAUGAAUGCAAUCCUUCUAUUGUUCAUAGAGAUGUGAAGGCUAGUAAUGUGAUGCUAGACAAAGAAGGGAAAGCAAAAGUAACAGAUUUUGGAUUAGCUAGAAUUGUCAAUGUCGGCGAUAGCCAUGUGAGUACAAUGGUUGCUGGAACUGUUGGAUAUGUUGCACCUGAAUAUGGACAAACAAUGAAAGCUACUACAAAAGGUGAUGUUUAUAGUUAUGGUGUGUUGGUUAUGGAGUUGGCUACAGGUAGAAAAGCAGUGGAUGGAGGUGAAGAGUGUUUACUUGAAUGGACAAGGCGUGUCGUGGGAAGAAAACAACAACAUCAGCAACAUCAUGUGUUGAGUCAUUUGGGUUCAAGACUUGUUGGUGGAGCAGAAGAAAUGGGUGAAUUGCUAUGUAUUGGUUUGAAGUGUACAAAUGAGGCACCAAAUGCUAGGCCAAAUAUGAAACAAGUUUUGGCUAUGCUUAUUUUGAUAUCCAAAUCCAAUGUUGGAGAUUCAAGUGAUCAUGGACACAUUGUUUAGCUAUUUUUUGUGUAGGAAAUUAAUUGAUAUAAUAUAUGGAGAAAAAUGUGCAUAGUUUACAUUAGACAGGAAAAAUAAUGUCAUGAACAGUUGAUUUUUUUUUAUAUUGCAUACAGAAAAUUGAUUAUGUUGGUUUAGUUGCUCAA